AGCCCUUAGCAUGUUUGUAUAGCUGCUAUAGCUUGAGAUAAACAGGCGUGUUUUUCGCCCUGGAGGAUGUCUGAUGUGCAGGUGGCAGCACUUCUGUCACAGACACAGACGUUCUCAGGUUACUGUUUGAAACACGGUGCAGAUAUUUCUGGAUGCUCUUUUGGAGGAAAGCACGUGAGUUUUAAGAUGGGUUUUGUUUUGAUGUUUUUCUUUUGCUGAAUGCUGUUUAUUUCACUGUUCCCUGCGAGGUCUGGCUUUGCUCACUGACCACGUGGUUAUGGUUUCUGUUUCAGUAUUUGGGUCUGAGCCUCGUGCCUUACAGGGAACUGCGUACCAUCCUGUGUGCAGGGCAGCAGCUGAUGGCUGACAUGUUGAGCUGCCUUUCCAGGAAUAGAACAUAAAGCAGAUAGCAUAAAAGAGCACCUGCCUUUCCACCAUGUGUGCAUCACAGCAGCACGUCUCCAUUCGUGAUGGGGCUUCUUUUAGCAAGGGGGGGGAAACUGGUGAUCUGUGUCAUAAAACCAGGGAACUCCUUUCCUGUUCAACACGCGAUUCCUAGCGAUGCUGUAGUGAAUGCCGGGCGUUGCAGAACAGUUUCACUUCCACAAAUCUGCUUCUCUUUCAUGUUGAAGAAUGUCAUCGACCGGAAGCCGUACCCAGAUGAUGAGAACCUGGUGGAAGUCAAGUUUGCUCGCACGCCCAUCAUGUCGACGUAUCUGGUGGCAUUUGUGGUGGGAGAAUAUGACUUUGUAGAGACCAGGUCCCUCGAUGGGGUCUUGGUGCGUGUUUACACUCCUGUGGGCAAAGCUGAGCAAGGAAAGUUUGCAUUAGAGGUUGCUGCUAAAACUCUGCCUUUUUAUAAGGACUACUUCAAUGUUCCUUACCCUCUUCCUAAAAUUGAUCUCAUAGCUAUUGCAGAUUUUGCUGCUGGUGCCAUGGAGAACUGGGGCCUUGUUACUUAUAGGGAGACUGCAUUGCUCAUUGACCCCAAAAAUUCCUGUUCUUCGUCUCGCCAGUGGGUGGCUCUGGUUGUGGGACACGAACUUGCUCAUCAGUGGUUUGGAAACCUCGUGACCAUGGAGUGGUGGACCCAUCUUUGGCUGAACGAAGGGUUUGCCUCCUGGAUUGAGUACCUGUGUGUCGAUCACUGCUUUCCAGAGUAUGACAUCUGGACUCAGUUUGUUUCUGCUGAUUACACACGAGCUCAGGAGCUCGAUGCCUUAGACAACAGUCACCCAAUUGAAGUUAGUGUUGGCCAUCCAUCCGAAGUAGAUGAAAUAUUUGAUGCUAUUUCUUACAGCAAGGGAGCAUCUGUGAUCCGAAUGCUGCACGACUACAUUGGUGAUGAGGACUUUCGGAAAGGAAUGAAUUUAUAUUUAACAAAGUUCCUGCAGAAGAAUGCAGCCACAGAGGACCUCUGGGAAAGCCUGGAAAAAGCUAGUGGUAAACCUAUUGCUGCUGUGAUGAACACAUGGACCAAACAAAUGGGAUUUCCACUCAUUUACGUGGAAGCUGAACAGCAAGAAGAUGACAAAGUGUUGAAGUUAGUCCAGAAGAAGUUCUGUGCCAGUGGACCAUAUGCUGGGGAGGAUUUCCCCAUGUGGAUGGUCCCCAUCAGUAUCUGUACAAGCGACGACCCCACCAGUGCCAAAAUGCAAGUGCUGAUGGACAAGCCAGAGCUGACCUUGGUUUUAAAAGAUGUAAAACCAGACCAGUGGGUGAAGCUGAACCUUGGCACAGUAGGCUUCUACCGCACGCAGUACAGCCCUGAGAUGCUGGAGAGUUUAAUACCAGCCAUCAAAGACCUCUCCCUACCCCCCGUGGACAGACUCGGCCUGCAGAACGAUCUUUUCUCCCUGGCCCGAGCUGGAAUCAUUAGCACUGUAGAGGUUCUGAAAGUGAUGGAAGCGUUUGUGAAUGAGCCCAAUUACACGGUGUGGAGCGACCUCAGCUGUAACCUGGAGAUUCUCUCAACCCUCUUGUCCCACACAGACUUCUAUGAGGAAAUCCAGGUGUUUGUGAAAGAUGUCUUUUCACCAAUAGGGGAGAGACUGGGAUGGGACCCCAAACCUGGAGAGGGUCAUCUAGAUGCCCUUCUGAGAGGUCUGGUGCUGGGCAAACUUGGCAAAGCCGGGCACAAGGCUACCUUGGAAGAAGCCCGACGCCGGUUUAAAGACCACGUGGAAGGAAAAAACAUCCUGUCAGCUGACCUGAGGAGUCCUGUCUACGUCACUAUUUUGAAGCAUGGAGACAGCACUACUUUAGACACCAUGCUCAAGCUUCACAAGCAAGCAGACAUGCAGGAGGAGAAGAACCGAAUCGAGCGCGUCCUCGGGGCCAUCUCCCAGCCUGAGCUGAUUCAAAAAGUUCUCACCUUUGCACUUUCAGAAGAGGUACGUCCCCAGGACACCGUGUCUGUCAUCGGAGGAGUGGCUGGAGGCAGCAAGCAGGGGAGGAAAGCUGCUUGGAAGUUUGUACGAGACAACUGGGAGGAGCUUUAUAAUCGAUACCAGGGUGGAUUCUUGAUAUCCAGACUAAUAAAGCUGACAGUGGAUGGGUUUGCAAACGAUAAAAUGGCGGCGGAAGUCAAGGCUUUCUUCGAGAGCCACCCGGCGCCGUCGGCGGAGCGCACCGUGCAGCAGUGCUGCGAGAACAUCCUGCUGAACGCCGCCUGGCUGAAGAGGGACAGCGAGGACAUCCAUCAGUUCUUCCUGCAGAGGAAGGGGCCGCCCCCCGCCACGGCCUGAAGCCGCGCCGCCGCUGAGCCCCACCGCCUCCGUGGGGGAGGGGGGAAGGAAGGAGGAGCCGCUGCCCCGCGGCCGAUCGAUACGCCAAGAAUUCGGAGUCUUUUUAUCUCAAGCGGACGGGGAUUGGACUGAAUGUAGUGAAGUGGUUCCUGCUCACACUCCAGAAUUAAAAUUGGAUGAAAAUUAAUCGCGAUUCAACGAAAAGAGGGGGAGAGGAGAGAGAGAGAGAGAGAGA